CCCAUUUCCUGUACCAGACGAAGGACGAGUGCCGCUUCCUCAACGGGACGCGGCGGGUGCGGUACGUGUACCGGGAUAUCUACGACCGGCAGGAGUUUCUCCGCUUCGACAGCGCCCGCGGGGAGUUCGAGGCCGUCACGGCGUUGGGGAAGGCGGAUGCGGAGGCUUUCAACAGGGAUAAGCGCAUCCUUCAGGACGCGAAGGCCACUGUGGAUUACUUCUGCCGACACAACUACGAGGUUUUCCAGGGCGGCCACAUGGUUGGCCGGAGAG